AUGGGAAUCAAGAAGUUCUUUAAGAUCAAGCCUCCCGAGGAGGAUACUCCGGAAAUGAACCGCGAACAACUCAACGAACUUGGUAUCCCUACGAAGAAUGUGAGAAGAACAAAGAAGGAGAAAUUUGCAGCAUAUGGGCACUUCGCAAAGGAUAAAGCUGAAGACCGGUUUUAUGCACCUCCAGGCUAUGAAAACAGUGCCAAAAACAAUGCGGAUUUGGACGAUUUAAAUAAGUCCGAAAUGGACACCGAAAACAAAGCCGAUCCUUAUUUGAAGGCACCGGAUAAGAGCAGUUUCGACCCGUAUGCCAGAAAUAACGUUCAGGAUCGUCGCCAGGAACAGAAUCCUUAUUCAACCUCAGGCCCUGCAGGUUACGCCUCAAAUAAUCCCUAUGAAAAAUCGUCCAGUGAUCCAUAUGCUCGUACGACAUCUACUUCCAACCCUUAUGAACAGCAGCGGUCUACUUCCAAUCCUUACGGACAGCAGCAGUCGGAUUUCAACUCAUAUGGCCAACAACGGUCGAACGUCAACCCUUACGGGCAGCAUCAAUCGGAGAACAAUCGUUCUGGGAGCCAACAGCCACCCUCGCGUACGAAUAUCCCACCCGGGCAAGGACGUUCUGCCAAUCCUUACGCCUCCCUUGGCGAUGAUCCAUACAGCUCGUCAAGCAGAAGUAAUAGUUACAGCACAGCAUCACGCCAGUCUCCGGUGUCCAGCUCUAGGGUGCCGCAAUAUGGGAACCCUCAAUCUGAGAGUAGAACGGCUACGAUCUCUAGCCCGCAAGGUCCACAAGGGAAGUCUCGGAUAGCUACAGCGGGUGCUACAGAUGCAUCAUUUGAUUUCGAAAACCCAUCAAAAAGCGACAACAACGACGAAAUCGACUUGAAUGCAACCUUGCAAGAUGAGGAAGAAGAUUUCAACAGCCCCAUGAAUGUUGGAUAUGAAAAUGAUGUUUAUCAGCGGCAACAGCUCCAACAGCAAACUACCCCGCAACAGGAUUAUUUGCAGGAUACUUCAAAUGACCGUGGGUUUCAAACAUUCGAGGACAUUCAAAGGGAAAAUGAACAAAGGCAACAGCAAGAAGAAGAUGAGGCGGUCGACGAGAUCAAGCAGCAGAUCAGGUUUACAAAGCAGAGCUCUGUGGCCUCCACUAGGAAUACGCUCAAGAUGGCACAAGAGGCAGAAAUGGCAGGGACCAACACUCUUGGGAUGCUAGGUCAUCAAAGUGAGAAAUUAAACGCUGUUGAAAGAAAUCUAGAUUUGAUGAGGAUGCAAAAUAGAGUUGCAGAUGAUAAAGUGGCUGAAUUGAAAAAGCUGAACCGCAAUAUUUUGGCUGUUCACAUGAGUAAUCCUUUCAAUUCUAAGCGUCGUCUGCGAGAAGCAGAGGAACGUAUAAGAACGCAAAGAAUAGAGGACAAACUCAUUCAAAAACAAACAAAUGGACGUCUCAUGCAAUCGACAAACCGCAUUGAAAGUGCAAUGAACGCUUCAGGACAGGAUCCACAUGACAGUGUCAAACAGCGUUACCAAAAUCAAGCAAUUUUAGAGAGGUCCAAAAGGUAUCAAUUUGAGAAUGACGCUGAAGAUGAUGAGAUGGAACUCGAGAUUGACAAGAACCUCGACAAGGUGGGCCAAAUCAGUGGACGUCUGAAGAGGCUUGCAAUUGCUAGUGGAGACGAAAUUGAUGCGCAGCAAAACCGGAUUGCCAACAUUGAAGAAGACACCGAUAAUAUGGAUAUUAAGAUCCAUUUGAACACCACGCGGUUGACUCAAAUUCGGUAG